AUGCCUGCAAUUAAUAAGACACCUGCAUUAUUGCUGAAAGAGACGGCGGACGACACGAGAGAAGCUGAGAACAUUGAACAUGCGCAAAUAAACAAAAAAGGUGAACAUACACCUAAUUCAAACGAACAAAAGCAAAAUAUUAUGAUACUGCUGCUGCUGCUGUUAGCUGAAACAGUCACAGAAUCCAAACAAGGAGAAGAUGAAGGUUCAGAAACAAGAGAAUCGGAUCCUGAAGAUCAUCGUAGAGGGGUUCAAGACCUGGCGAGUACAAAGACUGCCAAUGCAUAUAACACGAACUCCAAAAAGAAGCGGGCGUCGAAAGGGAGGGUAUUUCAAUGUACUGGGUACCCCGAUUGUAAUAUGUCGUUCACAAGAUCAGAGCAUUUAGCGAGGCACAAGAGAAAACAUACAGGGGAAAGGCCGUUUACAUGUCCCCAUUGCCAUAAGAAUUUUUCAAGGCUAGACAACUUGCGACAACAUAAACAGACAGUGCAUGCUUAUGAAAGCUUCAUGGGCAGCAGCUCAAAUAAUUUCCCGGUUUCGACCAGUUACAACUCCGAAGGUACGAGUGGGAGUAUGGAGACUAAUAAUACUAACUAUAUGCCCAUUCCAAAUCAUUUAUCCAGAAAUAGUAGUGCAAACAAAGGAGCUCCUGAGAGUCCUAUGAACUGUGGUUUAGGUAACACGCCUGAAUCAGCUGCAAUGAUCUCCCCUCCAAAUACAAACUCGCCUGUAAAUUAUCACUUGCCGUACCAAAAUCAGUUCUAUCAGAAUAAUAAUUACGAACUGGGUAGCAGUAGUGGAAAUAAUAGCUUUCUGUAUCCAGAUUCACAAUUAAAGACAAAAAUUAGCGAAUUUAAGCCAAAAAGAAGACCAAGACCCUUAUCGCUAGUUCAUUCAUUCACAGAAAAUAUGGCGCCCGGUGACAAUAACAACUUACAUAUAAGGCAGCUGUUGAAGUCAGCACCAGCAUUGUACACUACGAAUGGUGCCUUCACUUAUCCACCGAAAUCGGCGCCCUUAACCCCAAAUAUGGUUAGUCCAUUAUCACCAUUAUUUCAUCACGCGUUUAAUCAAACCAUGGAUUUGCCAAAAUCUCCUAACAUCAAUUCUAACACUUUACGCUUACCACCUUAUAAUCACCCUAUUAACAAUAAUAGUAUGCCGAGCAACUCUGUGAACAAGAAUAUCACUUUGCCGUCUGUUCAAGAAUUACCUAUUCCUACCCAAUUCAACCCUAUAAAUACUUCAAAAACUUCAAAAACAUGGCUAAAAGAGGUAUUAAAUGAUGAGUCCUCAGCAUCCACGAGUAAUUCCAAAGAUAUUGCUCGGCUGGCACCUACACAAGAAGAUAAACACGUUUCCAAAAAACCUACAAUUAAUAAUUUGUUAUCUCCAUAUGAUGAUGAUGAGUUUCCAAAUUCCGUAAAAUGA